AUGACGUGGAGUAUAGUUCCUAUAUUAUUAGUAUUAUAUGGAUUUUUUAAGGAUUUCAAACCUGGUGAACCAUUUUUAUUCAAAUAUCAAACUGAUUUUUUAAAUCUAACCGAAAAACAACUCAAUGGUGAAAUUUAUCCAUAUUGGACAUACAGUUAUUUGCUUACUCUUAUUCCAAUAUUUUUAUUAACUGAUUUACUCCUUUACAAACCUAUUUUAAUUUUAGAAAGUAUUGGUUAUAUGGUUUUCAGAAUUACAUUGGUAUUUGGUUCCGGAAUAUUCCUACAACAAAUCGGAAUGUCUUUUUAUGGAAUUGCAUCUGCAGCUGAAAUUGCAUUUUACUCAUAUAUUUAUGCUAAAGUUAGAAAAAAUGAAUAUAAACGUUUAACAUCAUGGACACGAGCAUCAACAAUGGCUGGCCGUACAUUUGGCUAUUUGCUAAGUCAAACAAUCGUAAUAACUGGUAUUGGUACUUAUUUAACUGUUAAUCAAAUUUCACUUAUAUCACCUAUUUUAGUAUUUAUUUUUGGUUUAUGCUUUCCACGAAUACAAUGGAAAUCAUUAAUUGAACGAAUUAAAAUUACAACAGAUAUUGAAACACUGAAUGAGCCAACAACCUAUACAGAGUAUGUAAAAUUUCGAGUUGGAAAGUUAUGGUACAAUACAAAACAAAUUUAUGGGGUUGGGUUUGUAAGAAAAUGGUCACUUUGGUGGGCAAUGACAACAUGUAUGUCCUUACAGAUAAGUGCUUAUUCACAAACAUUAUGGGGCGAAGUGCAAAAUGAGGAGACAACAUUUAAUGGCUUCGCUGAAGCAACUUACACAGCUUGCGCUGCGAUCGCAAUAAUGUUGAUGAAUAUGAUAUCGAUUGAUUGGGACAAAUGGGGCGAGGCGGCUUUGGUACUAAUUUCAAGCGUUGAUUGCGCUUUACUACUACUUUUCAGUAAAGCCAAAACGAUUUACGUAAUGUAUAUCUGUUACAUUUGCUACCGCACACUCUAUCAAGUAAUGAUAACAAUUGCGCAAUGGAAUUUGGCUAAAAAAAUGGUUUGUGAAAGUUAUGGCUUAAUAUUUGGUCUCAAUUCAUUUGUGGCACUUAUCUUGCAAGCAUUUUUAACUGCCAUCGUUGUUGAUAAACGUGGCUUUGGCAUGACUGUUAGGUCACAGUUUUUGGUGUAUGGUACCUGUCAUGCAGUAAUUGCACUUAUUUUCCUCUGUUCAAUUGCACGCAAUUUAACGAACCAUUUGCGCCAUCGAUUCACCGCAAUACAUUCUUUCACUCCAAAUACUAUGAACCAAGAACAACUGCUUGAAAAGCUCGGUCAACCAGUUGUUACUAAUUCAAAUCCUGUAUUUCUCCAAUGUAUUUCAUAUCGAUGA